CACUGAUUGGUUGGUGCAAAGGACCCGCCAAGGCCUCGUUGCGGAUUGGCUGCUACCCGGAGGACCCCCCCCCUUUCCGGUAGCUUGGCGGGCAACCCCGCCGCCGCCAUGGCGACCGGCGAGCGGGUGGCGGCGCUUCCGCCUCUCUGGCCGGUGGAGGCCCGGUUGGCGGCGCUGCUUCCCGACCUUCUGGUGUUCAGGAAGCCCCGGGGAUCGGAACCCGAGCUCGCCACGGCCCAGGGCGUCCUCCUUGGCGUCCAUGUGACGGGGUUUACAGCAUUAAUGGAUAGGUUCAGCCUGACCUGCAAGUCGGAACAUGACAUGGACAAACUGGCCCACAUCUUCAGUUAUUACAUUAGUGACAUCGUGGAGCAUGUUCUUUGUUUUGGAGGAGAUAUCCUAAAUAUCACAGGGAAUGUGCUCCUGGCACUCUGGACAGUGAAACAGAAUCAACUCAGUGACAUCAUUACCCUGGUGGCAAAAUGCAGUCUGGAGAUACAGGAGAAAUUUGGGAUCUACCAUACCAGAGAAGGCCAGGACCUACAGCUAAAGAUAGGUCUAUCUGCAGGUCGGAUUUACCAGGUUAUUGUUGGAGACGAGCAGCGACAGUACCUCUUGGUGAUCGGGCGGGAUGUGGAUGAUGUCCAGGUAGCGCAGCGUUUGGCUCAGGCAAAUGAGAUUGUCUUGUCUUGGAACUGCUGGAAGCUCUGUGAGCAGUACAUGUUUGAAGUGGAAAUCAUGAGGGAGGAUGAAGCUGUGAAGUUAAGAGAUAUGCGGAUCAUUGACCCAUUUGAUUUUGAUGAGCAUUUUGACAAGUGCCUUGAUUACCUGCCACAUUACCGGACAAGUGCUGAUACUCUAAGAACUGCCCUGGAGUUGGAUCCAGACUCUGCGCUUGAACAAACCCUGCGAAAGCACAUAAUGAAAAACCUUUUGAAGAAGAUUGAUGAAGGGCAACCUAUGGAGUACAUAUCCGAAUUCCGUACUGUGACUAUGGUUUUGGUCAGCCUAGAAUUCAACAAGACAGCGUGGAUGUUGCAUUUAUGUCAUCUUAUCCAGGAGGCUGCCCUGUAUAUCUCCACAGUCAUAGAGAAAGGGGGUGGCCAGCUAAGCCAGAUCUUUAUGUUUGAGAAAGGCUGCAUGUUCCUCUGUGUUUUUGGCCUUCCAGGGGAUAAGAAGCCAGAUGAGUGUGCACAUGCCCUGGAGAGCUCCUUCAGCAUCUUCAGCUUCUGCUGGGAGAAUCUUGCUGAGACCAAGCUUGUUUCCAUCAGUAUCACCAACGGACCAGUAUUCUGUGGCAUGAUUGGGGCAGUAGCAAGACAUGAAUAUACAGUUAUUGGCCCAAAGGUGAGCCUUGUGGCCAGGAUGAUAUCUGCUUAUCCAGGUUUGGUGUCCUGUGAUGAGGUAACAUAUCUAAGAUCCAUGCUACCUGCUUACAACUUCAAGAAACUCCCAGAGAAAAUGAUGAAAAAUAUCUCCAACCCAGGGAAGAUGUAUGAAUACCUUGGCCAUAGAAGAUGUAUAAUGUUUGGGAAGAGACAUUUGGCCAGAGAUAGAAAUAAAAAUCACCCUUUGUUAGACCGGGAGAAAGAACUAGAAGCCUUCCAAAUGGCGCAGCAGGAAUGUUUGCACCAGAAGAAGGGACAAGCAGUUUUGUAUGAAGGUGGAAAAGGCUAUGGAAAAAGUCAGCUGUUGGCUGAAAUUAACUUCCUGGCCCAAAAGGAGGAGCACAGGGUGUUACCAUUGAAGCUGAAGGAAGCAGAUUUCAAGCAGUGCUUCUAUGCCAUCCAGACCCUCAUGGCCAUCUUCUUUGACAUUGAUACGUGUCCGGCCUAUUACCGGCAAGAGUGCCUACACAAACAGCUCCGUGGGAUAGUAGAGGAACCUCUUCACUGCCUUUUUAAUGACCUCUUCUUUGUGAAGUUUCCCUUGUCCUUCAAAGUUUCGCACAUGGAUGACCUGACCAGACAAAAGAAGGUUAAGUCAUGUUUUUUUCAAGUGCUUCAGGAGGCAGUGAGGGAAACACCACUGAUUUUCCUCAUUGACGAAGCCCAAUAUAUGGAUGCAGCUUCCUGGGAGUUUUUGGAAACAUUACUCUCCACUGUGCCCAUCGUCAUGGUGAUGACAUUGACCCCUAUCUUCAGCCUGUGUGGCUGUGCCCAACACUUCCUGCAGAGCUCUCAGGCUGUCCUUGUGCCCAUUUUGAAGUUGGCAACAACCUCACUGUUGAGAAUGGCAUGUUGGGAACUGGGGGUGGUGAGCAUCCCCCAAGAGCUGCAGAUCUACCUUCUCCACAGGUGCUUUGGAAACCCCCUCUACUGUGAGGUCUUAUGCCAGGACCUUCUUUCCAAAGAUAUAUUGCUCUUUCACAACCUCCAAAAGGAGGAGGAGAAGAGCAAAUGGGAGACCCUCUCAGCCAAUGCCAUGAAAUCCACAAUGUAUGGUAUUCUUCCUGCUGGCUGUGAAGAAGACCAAGAACUUUAUAUCUGCACAGUCAAGGAUAAUGUGAACUUGGAUACAGUGCUUCUUCCACCAUUAUUAAAAGAAAUAGCAGUAAACCAGUUGGAUCAGUUGAGCCUAGAAGAGCAGUUACUGGUUAAGUGUGCUGCAGUCAUUGGUCACUCCUUCCACAUAGAUCUGCUGCAGCACCUCCUGCCUGCCUGGAAUAAAAACAAGCUACUUCAGGUGCUGAGGGCUCUUGUGGAUAUGCAUGUGCUCCGCUGGUUCAACAGGAGUCAGGAGCUUCCUGCCGAGUCAAUAUUAGUGCCUUCCUCUAUCAAAAUUAUUGAACAAACCAAAGAGGAGAAGAAGAAAAAGCCAGAUGCUGACUCUCCUCUCAGUCUGCAAGAGGAAUUAUCCCUACCUCAAACAGGGGUGCUAGCAUUUGGAGUGCCACUCUUACGAGAAGCUGCUUGGGAGCUGUGGCCCAAGGCACAGCAGAUAGCCCUGCACCUUGAAUGUGCAUGCUUUCUCCAAGAUUUGGCCUGCCGCUGUGGGAGCUGUCAGGGGGGCGACUUUGUCCCCUUCCACCGUUUUGCUGUCUGUUCUGCCAAGAGCUGCAGUGGGACCUCCCGGUUCUGUAGUUACAAAGAUACUGGCUCAGUACUAACACAAGUGAUCACAGACAAGUUGCAGCUGCCUUCUCCCCAAGAUAGUUUUCAGUUCCAGACAAAACCAUUCAGAAGUCAAGAGACCUUCACAAGUGAACACUGCAGAACAGAGGAAGAGUUCCUGGAUCAGGUGAACAGGAAGCUGGCUCAGAGCAGCCCCGACAAAGACAUGUUGACCAGAAAGCCCUGUCACUGUGAGGAAAUCCUGCAGUUCGUGAUCUCACCCCUCACCCGGCACUGCCUGGUCAUUGGAGAGACCACAUGUGCAUUUUAUUACCUGCUGGAGGCCGCUGCUGCCUCCUUGGACCUGUCAGAGAAUUACAUGGUCGUCCGAAUCCUAAUCCUGUUUCUCCAUCCCUUGUCUUGUUCGGAGGCCUUCUUUUAUUUGAGGAAGGCAGGCAGUCUUCUGGGCCAGCCCUCAGCAUUCUCAUUUUUGAAAAAGCACAAGGUGAAGAUCUGUCAGUUUGAGGAGGCCACUUUCUGCUGUCUUCAGUCAGAGGUCUGUUUCAACAUAGGACAGAUCACAUUGGCCAAAAAAUUGGCCAGGCAAGCCCUUCGACUGCUGAAAAGGAGUUUCCCUUGGACCUGGUUUGGUGUCUUUUUCCAAACAUUCCUGGAAAAAUAUUGGCAUUCCUGUUCGCUAAGCCAAUCUCCAAACAACUCUAGUGAGAACAGUAAGAAGAAGCUGGCAGUCCUACAGCAGCGUGUCCGCUGCCUCUCCUUGCUCUGGCAGCUCUAUAACCUGGACACCACAGCCAGCAGCCGCAGGUUUGCCUACCUUGCCACUCUCAUGCAGAAGAAUUCUGCUGAGGAAUUUGCAAAUGAAGCCCAGGGAGAAGAAUGCACCGGCAGAAGCCACAGUGGUGCACGAGGCAUGCUGUCCAUGUUUGAGGAACAGUGAGGAGGGGAGGAGACAGAACCAGGAGGUGAGUCAGAGAUCCAGGAGAGGGUGGAUGGCAGAUGGUGUAGCCUUGUGGGCCACUAUAUGGGUUUAGACUUUUACACUACAGAAGAUGGGAAGUAAGUGGCAGUUUCUGAGAAGAGAAGUGACAGAGUCUAUUUAUAUUUUAAUAGGGUCAUUCAGUCUGCUGUAUUGAGAAUCAACUGAAGGAGGCAAGAGAGGAAGCAGGGAGCCAAGUUAGGAGACUAUCCCAACAAUAUAGGCAAGAGAUAGUGGCUCGGAUUGUUGUGGUGGCAGAGGAAGCAGGAGGAGUGGUCUUCAGUCAAGAGAGAACCAACAGGAGUCACCAAAUGGAUCAUUUCUGGGAUGGGAGAGAAAAAGGAUUCAAGGAUAAUCCCAAGAUUUGCAAUCUGGACUUCUAGAGGAAUAGAGAUGCUCUUAAUUGGGAUGGGGCAGUCUGCACAAGGAACAGAUUUGGGGAAAUACUGAAGCCAGGUUUUAGACAUGUUUAAUUUGAGGUGUCUAUUAGACAUCUAGAUGGAGAUGUUAAGUAGGCAGUUGAACAUAUGAAUGUGGGGUGCAUGGGAGUGUUCUGGACUGGAAAUAGAAAUUCAGGGCUUAUCGAUGUUUAAAAGAUCUCCGAGGGAAUGAGAAAAGGUCCAAGGACUGAGUUAACAGCUCCAUUGUUAAGAGGUCAGGGUCAUAAGGAGAAAUCAGUAAAAGAAACUGAGCAGUUACCAAAAGAAUAUGAUGUCCUCAAAACCUAGUGAUGACAGUGUUUCAAGAAGAAAGUCAUCAAUGAUGUCAAAUGUGCAAAUACUUAUAAUAGACAUCUAGGCAGCAGUUCUGAAGAGUUCUAGGGAACAAGUAUCAGAGGCCUUCUUUAGAGAAAACAUUGAAGUAUGGUUUGUCCAGUGUCUUGAAGGGGAAGUCUGGGAUCAGAGAACAAGAAGGGGGGCAGGUAGAGAAAGUGGUUUGUUUCAAGAUCAGGCAGUGGGAAUGAUCAAAUUAGAAGUGUGGGAACAACAAGGAGUGUGUUUUCAUAGCAGGAGUCGGGGAGAGUGAUAGGGAUGCCAGUAGUCCCUGAUCAUGUCAGCAAGGCACCAUAGUGGGCUCUUAGCAAAAAAAAGGGACAAGAUGGAAGUAUAAGGUGAAUGUACAGUCAGAAUAUUUUGCCGCAUGUUUGUUG